AAUAAUUGGAGAGAGAAGAGAGGGGAAAUACAUGUGAUCGGUAGAAUUUUGCGUAUUGUGGAUAGUCAAGUGGAUACUAGCUAAAUUGGCUGUCAAACCUGGUAAUUGUGUGGGGAAAUAGCAGGGAGCACUGAGUAUGGAUUUCAAAUUAAUCAUUCGCUUAGAUGACUGUAUUUUAUGGUCAGCUUCUGCAAGCAAAGUGCUAGAAACAUGAGUUCUCUGACCUAGAUUUCCUUUUGGCGUAAGGAGGACAUUGACUCAAGUCUGCAAUGCGUCAAUCUUCUGGAACAGAUAAACAGGAGGUGGUUCAUGGACUGAUUCUUUAAAGGCCAGGCAUCUUCUUGAUGUAUCAUGGCUAUCAUCCCUGCCAAUUUAAUCCAAAUCUGUCUAAAAUGAUCUGAUUCAUGAAUUCUCUCCCUGCAAUGGAUUGGAAUGCAAAGUGGGACUGGGAAAACCUAGUCAUGUAUAACUCCAAAACCAUGGAAAGUCAAAAGAAGCAACCGACAGACUGGGUAAUUGAAGAGGAGGGAGAAAUUGAUACAGGGUCUUUUAAUCUAUAUUGGAGUGGAGGUGGCGGUUCUGGCUCCGAUUUGGCACAUGGUUCUUCAGCAAGGAGCUCAAUAUCAGCUUCCACUGGUUCUUCAUCCAAGGAGGCAUUUCAUCAUUUUCCUGGAGAUUUUAACAAGAAGAUCGAUUUGGGCAGAGCUGAGCUAGCCGGAACUUCUCCGACACUGGAUUCUUCAGUUGGAUCUGGUGAACCGAUGAUUGGUCUAAAACUUGGUAAGCGGACAUAUUUCGAGAAUAACUGCAGCGGGGGCAACGCUAAGAGUCCUUCUUUGUCUAUGAUUCCUGUAGCAUCUACUGCCUCUAUCACAAAGAAAACAAAAUCGACUUGUCAGAGUACGCCUCCCCCACGCUGCCAAGUCGAAGGCUGUAACCUUGACCUCUCAUCAGCUAAAGAAUAUCACCGCAAGCAUAAAGUUUGCGAGAAUCAUUCCAAAUUCUCAAAGGUGGUCGUAGGUGGUGUAGAACGUCGGUUUUGCCAACAAUGUAGCAGGUUCCACAGUUUGUCAGAAUUCGAUGAAAAGAAGCGAAGCUGUCGCAAGCGGCUCUCUGACCAUAAUGCACGACGCCGCAAGCCACAGCAAGCUGCGAUCCAGUUUAAGUCGACAAGGCUGCCAUUGCCAUUUUUGGAUGGGAGUCAUGGGACGCAACAGCUGGGCUUCUGGUUGAACGAUGCCCCAUCUGUUCACUCAAGAUCUUCUGCAAAUCGUCCAUGGGAAACUACAAGCAGCUCCAAGUUCACACUAACGAAGGGGUAUCUAAUGAAAUCCGAAAAAACUGGAGGCGUCAAUGGGCAGCUGCAAUUGCCAGGCACUGAGCUAUCACAUGCCAUUGGUACGCCUGGUGAGGAUCCCAAUAAGCUUUUCCCAUUGAAGCGCUCCAAGCCUGAGGUUUUCAAUCAAGGUUCGAAGGAGUCUAUGCUCUCUUUUAGCUUGGAUGCAGCACAAGAACACCGUGCUCUCUCUCUUCUGUCAACUGAUUCUUGGGGUUCAGACCCAGCAAACAUUCCCCCCCUGGACCAGCAACCCAUUCAUGUAAAUCUUACCACCACAACUCAGCCCCUGAUGCAUGGAGUGCCCCAAGGCAUACCACUAGCUUCACUGGAGUACUGGCAGUCUGAACGCCCGACCGAUUCCCGUUUUAUGCACCCCUUUUCUGCGAACGAUAAUGCCCAUUUCCAGGAAUUCCAGCUCUUCAAAGCCCCCUAUGAGAACGGCCUUUAUAAUAAUCUCUUGUAACUAAAAACUUGAAAUACAUCCUGUGGUUUCCCUUUCUGAUGAGGUAAGGUUCGUAGUUGGUUUCUGGGUUCUUAAUGAUGUUUCGAAAACGGUCAUUAGCCAGUCAAUCAAACCACUUAUCUUCUGACUUUAAAUAUUUGCUUUAAGAUUCUUGUCACUGAUCAUUUGGUGGGAUGAAGCUUUAAGCUGUUGGAAUGUAAAUUCAGGUUUGUGCUUUGAUGGCUGGCAAUCUUUCAGCUAGAAAA